AUGAGCCACUCGUCGGGCCUGCGGGCCAGCAGCAUCAGCUCCACCUCCUACCGCCGCACCUUCGGGCCGCCGCCCUCCCUGUCCCCCGGGGCCUUCUCCUACUCGUCCGGCUCCCGCUUCUCGGGCAGCCGCCUGCUGGGCUCGGCGUCCUCCGGCUCCUCCGGGCGCCUGGGCAGCUUCCGCGCGCCCCGCGCCGGCGCCCUGCUGCGCCUGCCCUCGGAGCGCCUCGACUUCUCGCUGGCUGAGGCCCUCAACCAGGAGUUCCUGGCCACGCGCAGCAACGAGAAGCAGGAGCUGCAGGAGCUCAACGACCGCUUCGCCAACUUCAUCGAGAAGGUGCGCUUCCUGGAGCAGCAGAACGCCGCCCUGCGCGGCGAGCUGAGCCAGGCCCGCGGCCAGGAGCCGGCGCGCGCCGACCAGCUGUGCCAGCAGGAGCUGCGCGAGCUGCGCCGCGAGCUGGAGCUGCUGGGCCGCGAGCGCGACCGGGUGCAGGUGGAGCGCGACGGGCUGGCGGAGGACCUGGCGGCGCUCAGGCAGAGGCUGGAGGACGAAACGCACAAGCGGGAGGAUGCUGAGCACAACCUCGUGCUCUUCCGCAAGGACGUGGACGAUGCCACCCUGGCCCGCCUGGAGCUAGAGCGCAAGAUUGAGUCUCUGAUGGAUGAGAUUGAGUUCCUCAAGAAGCUGCAUGAGGAGGAGCUGCGGGACAUGCAGGUGAACAUGGAGAGCCAGCAGGUGCAGCAGGUGGAAGUGGAGGCGACCGUGAAGCCCGAGCUCACGGCGGCGCUGAGGGACAUCCGCGCGCAGUACGAGAGCAUCGCCGCCAAGAACAUGCAGGAGGCGGAGGAGUGGUACAAGUCCAAGUACGCGGACCUGUCGGACGCCGCCAACCGGAACCACGAGGCGCUGCGCCAGGCCAAGCAGGAGAUGAACGAGUCGCGACGCCAGAUCCAGAGCCUGACGUGCGAGGUGGACGGGCUGCGCGGCACGAACGAGGCGCUGCUGCGGCAGCUGCGGGAGCUGGAGGAGCAGUUCGCCCUGGAGGCCGGCGGCUACCAGGCGGGCAACGCGCGCCUCGAGGAGGAGCUGAGGCAGCUCAAGGAGGAGAUGGCGCGGCACCUGCGCGAGUACCAGGAGCUCCUCAACGUCAAGAUGGCCCUGGACAUCGAGAUCGCCACCUACCGGAAGCUGCUGGAGGGCGAGGAGAGCCGGAUCUCCGUGCCCAUCCAUUCCUUUGCGUCUUUUAACAUAAGGACGACCGCGCCCGAGGUGGAGCCUCCGCAGGACAGCCACAGCCGGAAGAUGGUUCUGAUCAAGACCAUUGAGACCCGGAAUGGGGAGCAGGUGGUGACAGAGUCCCACAAGGAGCAGCGCAGUGAGCUGGACAAGUCCUCUACUCACAGCUACUGA